AUGGACGAUGAUUGGCCGCUAUUAAUGAAGGGCGAUUGCCUGUUGUCGGCAGUUGCCUGCGGUUCCGCAUCUCAGGACUUCAACUUCAAUCCCAAAGAAGAAGAUACUCCCAGCUAUCUGUCGUUAACAUCGCCACAACAGAGUCUAAUUAUUCCAGAUCCAAGUAGCGAUUAUGCCUUCAAUUUUGGAGAUCCGUUGCUUAGUUCACAAAAACUUUUAGCUGUACCAGCUGACAACUUUGCUUCGUCACCACCGUAUUCAAAUACGGCGAAAGGUGACUGCCGAGAAGAUAUCAACGUUUUAUAA